AUGCGAAUACAAUCCGGUGGCAUCACGUUCCUGCUGUCCGCAGUAAUACCCAGCCUGACAGCGGCGCUGAGCUUCGACUGCGCCCACCUCAACGUCGACAAAUACAAAUACGACCUUAGUCCGUUGGGCGGCGUCCAUGAGUUAUACCAUGUCAACGAGACGGAGAGCGCCGUGACGAAUACCACCUAUGUUCUCAACAUAUGCAAAAAUCUCGGCAGCAAGGCUGCGGACCGUGGAGAUGAUGGGAAGUGCGGACAGACCAAGCGCAUCUGCGGCUUCGUGAACCGGCACCCAACCGACGGCAACGGCAGCAAGCGCUUCGGCUUCCCGAUCGUCGGCCUCGACCACAUGGGACACGGCUCCAUGGAGCCAGAGCUUACACGAUUGGCCGCGAUCGAUCCCGACACACAGGGCGUCCGCGUCAGGCUCGCCGGUGGCGAGUUCAGAGGGGAUGAGGACGAGGGAAAGAAGAAGGAGACAGCGGCUGUGAUUGACUUUGUGUGCGACCCAAACCGGUCAGGACUCGAAGGGCUGGUCACUAAGGAGGACAGCGCGGACGCGGACGUGGACGAGAAAAAUCGCCGCCGGGAAGAGAAUGGCGACCAGACGAACCAGGAUCGCAGCCUGCAGUUCAAGAGCUUUGGGCUGAACGAUGACGAUAGCUAUGUCCUGAAGCUGGACUGGCGCACGCGGUAUGCCUGUGACAGUUACCAGCGCGGGAAGAUGAACAGCUCGAGCUCCUGGGGUUUCUUCACUUGGAUGAUCAUCAUUCUCUUCCUCUGCAUCGCGGCUUAUCUCAUUCUCGGCUCCUGGCUCAACUACAACCGCUUCGGCGCCCGCGGCUGGGACCUCCUCCCCCAUGGUGACACCCUCCGGGACAUCCCAUACAUCUUCCAAGACUGGUCUCGUCGCGUGAUCAACUCACUGCAAGGGUCCGGCUCGAGAGGCGGGUACAGCGCGGUCUAA